AUGCCUCUUUCGGCGCCUCUGGAGGCAUUAAACGUCUUCGUCGACUUCUUCGGACAGUCAAAGGGGGGCCACCAAGGGCCUCCAAGGGCUGCAGGGGGCCUUCACGGACCCUCAUCCCCCCGUCUAUGGUGUCAAGCCGCUUCGAUUGGAGGCCCAGAAGUCACAUGGGGUGCCACUCCUUCAAGAGGAAAGGGGCCUCUCGAGGAGGGGCCCCUCCAAGAGGGGUCUCUUGAGGAAUGGCCAUGUCUAGAUGGCUCCCCCGCUUUUGGAUGUGGGUUCUGUGUUCCCAGUCUCUUCGUUCUGACGCAUGCACACAGCGACCACAUGCGGGGCCUCCGGCCCUCGUGGGGUAAAGACAAAUUUGGGGCAUCGCUGGCUUCCAGGGGCCCUUCUGGGGGCCCCCCAGGUCCCAUUGUUUGCACUGAAAUGACGCGCCAACUGCUGCUCCGCAUGUAUCCCCAGCUGGAACCCUAUCUUCUGCCUCUGCAGCUACAAACCCCUUACCUCUUCUACGUCCACAGGGUCUCCAUAGACGCUCCUGUGGGGCAUCUUUCUGAACCCCCAGGGAAACCUGACCCCAGUGAGCAGCACACACCAAGGGGUCCCCAGUUGCUGUGCGGCAAGGCAGAGAAGGCUACAGAAGGAGGCGGGGGCCAUGUGGGGCCUUCAGAGAUAGCCAUCCAACCUAAUGAAUGUAAAGAGUUGCAGGCAGCGCAUACAGAAAACAGCGGCAGCAAGAGAAGCUCUACUGGGAAACAGCAGACCUGGCCGCAGCUGCUGGUGGAGCGCGCAGCCGCUGCUGUCCGCAGAAGCAGCAGCAGCAGCAGCCCUGGUGGUGGCGGCGUUUGUUGCUGCGGUCGCGCUGUUGAUAGGGUGUAUAUACAACUGGUAGACGCGAGGCACUGUCCGGGUUCAGCCCUGUUGCUGCUGCGUUCCCCUGUUGUUGGCUCUUACGUCCACACUGGAGACUUCUGCUGCAGCGGCACCAACCUGCAGCCGCUGUUGCAGGAAGUGCAGAAAGGGCUGCAGCUGCUUCAGGAGCUUGAGGACCCAGCUGCUGCUGCUGCUACUGCUGCCGCUACACCUGAGCAAGCGAAUGACGAAGCCAACACAGGCUCAAAUGCUGCGGAAGGCGCUGAGACAUCUGAAGGCCUUAUGUCCCAGCAGCAACAGCAGCGCCAGCUGCAUGUUGACGUGUUGUAUUUGGAUAGCACUUACCUGCAUCCACGUUUCUCUUUUUUGUCUCAGGAAGAAGCUGUAGCAGAGAUGAGCCUUAAGGUGAAGGCGGCUGCCAAGAGGAUCCGCGGGAAUGCUAUGACCCGAGGCUCAAGGGGGCCCUCUGAGGUACACUCAGAGGGCUCCGCUGGGCUUCCCCCAUCCAGUUUACAUGUUGUUGUAGGUGUAGACAAACUGGGAAAGGAGUCUCUACUGCAGCAGCUUGCAACGGCGUUAAAGAUUCCCAUAGGGCUUUCGGAGGCUCACUUUGACUCUGCUGCUGCUGCUACAGCUGCUGGGUACAAUGACUGCUGCGCAUACACCACAGAGGCUUUCACGCGGGGGUUCUGUUGUCCGGUCGUCAGAGGCGCCACAGACCAUCGGACUGCUUCAAGCAACAGCAGCAGCAGCAACAGCAGCAACAGCAGCAACAGCAGCAGCAACAGAACCAACGCCUGCAGAAAAUUCUCCGCAUGUGGCUGCCCGUGGGGUGAGGAGACCUCUGUCUGGUUUCCUUCAUCGCCACUACGCCAGAAGAAGCAACCGUUGCAUCAACAAGAUCAACUGGAGCAAUUUAAUCAAGAGGAAGAGGAGGAGCCAUUUGACCUAGGCCAGGCUGCUAGCGCGACUGAUGCCGCUGUGUCUCUGUUUGCGGUGCCCCGACGGCAGCUCGUAAAGGUGGUUGAGGCCCUCGAAGCCUCAGGACUGCCAACCUUGGGUCUGCUUCCUUCUGUAUGCUAUGCGUUAAUCGUUGUCGUGUGCAUAGGUGGCGGCUUGUCUUUUGGCGCUCAUUCGUCUAUACAGUCGAUCCCCAUGUCAUCUCACUCUUCUUUUUCUUCUCUGCUGGAGUUCGUUAAGGCCCUCAGCCCCCAGAAGGCUGUUCUCCUGGAGCCCUUGCCCAUUCCUUCCUGUGGCUGCGCUGCCCUGAGGAGGCCGAGCUCCGAACAAGGGCAUCGGGUAGGCGAUCUAACCAGCAGCAGCAGCAGCAAGAGCAGCAGCAGCAGCUGGGGAAGCAGCCAGCGCCAGAACCUUACCGAUGAAGUAAGAGGAUUUAUGGUGGAGGCUCCCGAGUCUAGAGAUUUGCGGAAUCCCCAAAGCGGUGACAACAAGGGAAUAUUGGAUGAACCCGUUGCUUUGCUCCUAGAUGACCCCGAAGCGUUAGAUACUAUCGUAUCUGUUAGGGCUCAAGGACUGGAUUGUAUAGAAACGUCAAGCAGCAGCAGCCACAUCGCCCUCUCGACCUUGUAUAAGGGCUCCUCUACAAGUACCGCAGGUGUUGCGGCUCGGGCUGCAUCAAGGAGGCCUGCAGAUGUAAUAGACAGCUGCAAAAUUUAUGGAGCCUUCAAGUAUAACGGCAUAGAGGGCCUUUCGGUCUUUGUCAGGACUACAGAGGUCCCUAUAGUGGUGCUAGGCAGCGGCCGGAGGCCGUUCUGCCCUCAUGGCGGCCCCUGCAGGGGCAGCGGGGACCCCUCACCAACGAUGGGAGCCAUAGGUGGAGCCCCUGAGGACAGAAGCAGAGCCUUGUUAUUCUCGGUACAGCCGAAGCGGUUAAAGAGAGGAGCCCCCAGUCUUCCGGCGGUAUGCACACGGCACUCAGAGGGUCCUGCAAGGUUCCUCCAUGCCCCCGAUGCACAGACGAACAGUGCACUUGAGGGUUCAGUUAUGCCGCUAAAAAAGGUCAACAGAAAGGGAGCGGUCCUGCGCUUUGCUCUUCCGAAGUAG